GAGAAUUUAAAAAAGGAAAAAAAAGCAAAGCAUAUAACAUUAUUGAUGCAGUGAAAUUAUCAUCGCCAAACCCAUCAACCAAUAAUGGGAAAAGUGGAAGAAGACUACAUAGAAAUGGAAUCAGAGGAAGAUGAUGAAGAUGAAGACGAAGACGAAGAAGAGGAAGAAAAAUGGAGAAAACACUACUCGUCCAGGCACAGAAUCCUAUUGGUUGGAGAAGGAGACUUCUCAUUCUCACUGAGUUUAGCCACCAAGUUCGGCUCUGCCCAGAACAUGGUCGCCACGUCCCUUGAUAAUCAAGAUACGGUUGCAAAUAAGUAUAGUAAUGGAAUAAAGAAUGUGAGGGAGCUAGAAGCAAGGGGUUGCACUGUGUUUUUUGGAGUAGACGCAACGAAGAUGAGUGACCACUUCUUCCUGACCACUCAGAGGUUCCAUCGGAUAGUCUACAACUUCCCUCAUGUUGGCUUUCGCUUCCGUGAGAAUAGCUACUGCCAGAUUCAGUUGAACAAGAGAUUGGUGAAGGAUUUUCUGAAGAAUGCAAAAGUUCUGUUGAGAAAGCAGGAUGGUGAGAUUCACAUAACACACAAGGAAGGUGACCCUUAUAACAAAUGGGAUCUAGUGAAGAAAGCUCACAAGAUUGGUCUAGUUUUGCAUGAGACAGUGCCAUUUUGCAGGGAUGAUUACCCUGGUUAUAACAACAAAAGAGCCCAAGGUAACUUUUCUGAUGCCCCAUUUCGCCUUGGGGAUUGCAGUACAUACAAAUUCAGGCUUGGCCAAUCUUCCUAGUGUUCCAAAAUGUGGUAAAUAAUAUAUAUAUAUAUAUAUAUAUAGCAGGCUUGAUCAAAAGUUUGGACCAUACAGAAAUGUUGAUGAAUAUUAUUCAGUGCUUUUCUAUAUUUUGUAAGAAUGGUUAUGACAACAAAAGACCCCAAGGUAACUGUUGUACAUACAAAUUCAGGCUUGGCCAAUCUUCCUAAUUUUCCAAAAUGUGGUAAAUAAUAUAUAUAUAUAUAGCAGGCUAGAUCAAAAGUUUGGACCAUGUAGAAAUAUUGAUGGAUAUUAUUCAGUGGUUUUCUAUAUUUUGUAAGAUGGUUUUGUUUAGGGUCGAAAUUUAAUGAAUGUUCCAUUAUUUUGCAUUA